GGUAAUAAGAGUGUCAAUGUAAUUGUUACGCUUCCUUAUUUCUUUGCAAAGUUUCUCUACGUUGACGGUCAGCAGCUAGAUAUGUCUGAUUAUGCAGUUUGCUAUACAAAUCAUCGGAAGUAUUCUCGACCGUCUAGUACUGUUGUGAGAUUCUUCACAAAUAUUCCUUUGAAAUCUUUUUCUCUACGUUCGGACUCAAAUUAUAGGUACUGCGAUAUGUGUGAACGUUACGUUGCGAUUUCAAACAAACACUGUGGGUUAUGUGGCGUUUGUCCUUCAAAGGUUGGCGUGUAUUCUUGA